UGUUGGCCAACCUGACUCACUUCUAACUAUGGCUGCAAGAGAGUAAGACACACGUCAGAAACGCUCUCCGAGUUUUUCGUAUUUUUUCACAUCUUUGUUUCAUUUUUAUCGUGUGGAAAUCGUCAGAGACACAGAUGAAGUAAACGGACGUCAAAAAGUGUGAGAGGUUUGCUCUAAGGGGGGGGACAGCCCCUGGUGAUCGAGGAACUCACACAUCCUCGGAUUGUGGCCACUGCAACUAACAACAUCAGUUGUCGGCUCUUCCAUUAGAAGAAGAACCAGACGUGGACCAAGCGCCUGCAACAAGACUCAAAGGUGGAUAUUAGAGACACAUUUCAACCAAGAAAAAGAAAGAGAACAGGAAAGGCCAUGACGCCCAAGGUGGAAGGACUGAGUGGGGAGAGUGGAGACGACUCCAGCAGUGGUGGUUCUAGCUCUCGCCGCCUUGCAAAGAACACUGAUGAGUAUCGUAGGCGUCGGGAGCGCAAUAACCAGGCUGUAAAGAAGUCACGACAAAAAUCAAAGUUGAAAACCCAGCAGAUGAUGGAGCGAGUGACCCAGCUGAAGGGGGAGAACGAGGAGCUUGAAGAGAACAUCAAGAUCCUAACAAAGGAACUAAGUGUCCUGAAGGAUUUAUAUGUUGCUCAUGCAGGAAAUGCUCAUGGUGUGAGACUUUGUGAAGCAGAGUUGAGUAGGAUGCUGUGUGAUGAUUCAGAAAUGGAUGAAGCUGCUGCCCUUCUGAUGGGUCUCUCCCAGGCCCCCCCCCCUUGAACUAGGUCGAUAACGUACCAAUGACAAUACGCAAGCUAGUAGGAAUUAGACUUCCUACUUAGCGACUAUUGCUUUCUUGUGUAUCAUAUUAGCAUCCUGGAGCAUGAAUGUGCAUUCACCUAGAGCCACUGGAAUGAAGGAAAUUUCUAUUAAAAAGCACAUGUACGUUAAAGGGAUGGUGAUAAUCUACACAAGAUUAGCACUGCAAUCAGAUACAAUGACCAUGUCCCAUUUGUAAUCCUUAACAAAAGAAGAUUUAAAGGUAUCUCAGUGGAUUUUGCCCAGUAUUCUGAUUGUAGUGAAAAAGCAAAUUAGAAACUUUCCAAUUUGCCCCUUUUUCUUCCUUCAUUAUUGCUGUCAGAUAGUCAAUAAUAAGUUUCUUUUAUCUUCUACUGUAAUUGUAUCCUUCAUCUUUAAGAGAUAUAAAAAUGCUAUAAAAUAGAAAUGUGAUAAUUAUGUGAAUGGGAAAUUAAAAAAAAAAAUUGGUAUUUUGUCCAGAUGUAUUCUGUGGUAUGGUAUGAGAUCAGAAAAGAAAUACCACAACCACCGUGCACUUUCAUUCUCAUAUGUAGUUGUUAAUAUGCUAUUUCUAAGAUUUGCUGAUGCAUACGUAUAAGAGAAUUCAAGUUAUGUUUAUGUAGAGAAUAAUUGAAAAAAACAAACAAAAAAGAAUGAUGCUUUCUUUUGCAUUGGAUACAAGUGUUUGACCAUUAGGUCUGUAUUCCAUAGCUUACGUGCUCUGUCCUCCCCCAUCCUUCGGUGUACAGCAAGUAAUUAAACCACAUUAUUGGUGUGCAGACAUAAGAUUCUUACUCAGGGGACCCAACAUCCUCUUUUUUUUUUUUUUAUAUAUAGUGUGAGUAUGCUUUUUGUUUCUGGCCACAUGAAAUUUCCAAUAUUAAAAGUAUCUACUCAUUAGAUUGUAUAAUAAAUUUCAUCUUUUGUAAGAGGAUUGAGAAAAGGAUGAAGUUCAAGGGGUGCAUAACUUCUGGAUGAAUUAACACAAUCAGAAAUAUUUUGACUCUGCAUGCAGCUUACUAGUCUGGAAUAAAAUCAUGUACUCUACUAACACAAAAAGAGAAUUCAUUUUUAUUUUUAAUUAUGGUAGAUGCGUUUUUUCUUCUCCCCAUGAAAGCUCCUCAGAUUGUGGCCAUUGUUAAUUCAUGCAGACUUGAUGAAACAAGGGAAACUUGCUAUAAAGUGUAUUCAGGAUUUACCUAAGGAAGUACAAACUUAACAUUAUAUCUAAAAUGUUAAAGUUCUCAGUGACCAUAAUUUGAUUUAAUUUUUUAGGAGCUGUGAGAAACAGAAUUUUUAGCUCAUCAUAUGAGCUAUAUUGGAAUAUUUUUUUUCAUUAUGUGAUAUUGAUUACUGGGAAAGUGCAUGUAGAGUAUUUCUUUAAAAAUGCAUGACACUACCAGUCUUGUAGCCUUAGCUUUAGAGGCCCUGGUAGUGCAAGAGUGUGUGUGGUACUUUCCCAUUUUGUCACAUGGACUUCAUUUUUGGGUUUGCGGUAAUUAUUCGGGGAAAUUUAUUAUGCAGUGACGAAGAGAAUAAUUUUAUUUUUCCCCUGAAGCUCAGAACUACACAUGUUUUUAUUGCCUCCAUUGUAUAUUUUUGCAUUCAUUGAACAGUCCUGCAAUAUGCAGAAAUCUCCUCCUCAGUGUCUGUGGAGGAAGCAUGAUUUUAGGAUAUGGACUGGUGUCAUCUUGAAUAUUGUCUACAGUACAAAGUAAAACCACAUUCAGGAUA